UGACGUCUCGAUGGUCAAGUGGGCGGAGCCAGAAGGAAGAUGGCGGCGCCCACGGCUGCAGCGGAGCCUCAGGCUUCCGGGGGUCCCCGGCCCCCUGUUUGUCUGUUGGUGUUGGGAAUGGCGGGGUCUGGGAAAACCACCUUCGUACAGAGGCUCACAGGACAUCUGCAUAGCCAAGGCUCUCCGCCUUACGUGAUCAAUCUCGACCCAGCUGUGCAUGAAGUUCCCUUUCCUGCCAAUAUUGAUAUUCGUGACACUGUGAAGUAUAAAGAAGUCAUGAAACAAUAUGGACUUGGACCCAACGGUGGCAUCGUGACCUCACUCAAUCUCUUUGCUACUAGAUUUGAUCAGGUGAUGAAAUUUAUUGAGAAGGCCCAGAACAUGUCUAAAUAUGUCUUGAUUGACACACCUGGGCAGAUUGAAGUGUUCACCUGGUCAGCUUCUGGGACAAUCAUCACAGAGGCUCUGGCAUCCUCCUUUCCAACGAUUGUCAUUUAUGUAAUGGACACAUCAAGAAGUACCAACCCAGUGACCUUCAUGUCCAACAUGCUCUAUGCCUGCAGCAUCUUAUACAAAACCAAGCUUCCUUUCAUUGUGGUCAUGAAUAAAACUGACAUCAUUGAUCACAGCUUUGCAGUGGAAUGGAUGCAAGAUUUUGAGGCUUUCCAAGAUGCCUUGAAUCAAGAGACUACAUAUGUCAGCAACCUGACUCGUUCAAUGAGCUUGGUGUUAGAUGAAUUUUACAGCUCACUCAGGGUGGUAGGUGUGUCUGCGGUUCUGGGUACAGGCUUAGAUGAACUCUUCGUGCAAGUCACCAGUGCUGCGGAAGAAUAUGAAAGGGAGUAUCGUCCUGAAUAUGAACGUCUGAAGAAAUCGCUGGCCAGUGCACAGAGCCAGCAGCAGAAAGAACAGCUAGAACGCCUUCAGAAAGAUAUGGGCUCUGUUGCCUUGGACACAGGAACUGCCACAGACGGCUUAUCUUCUGCUCGGGACCCUUCUGACUUGAUCUUGACUCGGGGAACCUUGGAUGAAGAGGAUGAAGAAGCAGACAGCGACACUGAUGAUAUUGACCACAGAGUUACGGAGGAAAGUCGUGAAGAGCCAGCGUUCCAGAAUUUUAUGCAAGAGUCAGUGGCACAGUACUGGAAGAGAAACAAAUAGUUUCUAGAAGUUCAAACAUUUGGAACUCUGUGAAGAAACCGUUCUUACCUCUGAAUGGGGUUACUAUAAAGAACCAUUUUACACAGAAUAGCAGAGUUUCUCUAAUUAGGGAGCUUUCCUGACUCCAGUGAAGCCAAGGAUAGAAGUUUGGACCUGGCAGGUAGAGUUGAUUCCCCAUGGCCUUUCCCUUGGAUUUUGCAAGGAAGGAUUUUCGGACUGUUCUUGGAUGCUGGUAUUCUGCCUGUAAUCCUUCACAUUGUAUUAUUUGAACUCAAGUAUUGUACUUUUGCUGCUAACGGAUGGAAUAGAGAGAGAACAUAUUGUUCACUUCAGAGCUCUAUGAUUAGGCUGUAUUUAUAGCCUGUUCCCCAAGCAUCUUGCCCUUGACCCAUGAGUUCUCCUUUUAGCAGAAUGGGAGACAAGAAACGAGCUUGUACAGAGUGGCAGUGGCGUCUCCUUGGCAACCAUUCAAUGUUGAUAUGAAAUGCUUGGUAGCUCAUUAUAGGAUUGUUGAAGAAAGUGGACAAAACAUAUAAUUAAUAAGAAUCCUGUUUUUGAUGGUGACUUGGAUAGAGUUUUUAAUUUUAACUUUGGUAUAAGCCUGCCUGUCAGAAUUUAAAAUAAGAAAAUUAUGUAAUUUUCUGUUGUAUAGUAAUCACUUCUGUUGAUCAGAGAGAUUUAAAGACACAUGUCCAAACCUGUCUCAGUAAGGUGAUGUUUACUAAAGUUUCCCUGGUUACACACAUGUAGUAACCAGGUAUAGAGCCAGGCCCUGUUUGCAUUUUACUUUGAACUUAAUGCAAAAUAUGCUUGCUGAUUUUUCAAAGGCCAUGGACUUGGGUCAGGUGUACAUUCCAUAUAUAACAAUCAUGGUUUACCCUGCCUCCAUUCUUCACAGUAUCUCAAACUAGUACAUUUUUCCUAAGGAAUUUUGUUCCUGCCUAAUCUGUCCUCCAAUAGUUCUGGAAAUGUGGUCUGUGGGCCAGAAGCAUAAGCAUCACCAGGGAAAUUGUUAGAAACGGAACACUGAAGACCGAAUCAUAAAUGGGGUGGGGCCCAGCAAUCUGAACCACUGCUCUAACAACCCAAACAGCGUGGGACAGUUCUGGGCCAGAUGAUUCUCAGGUAUGUCAUAUGCUUUAUCAGAGUACCCUAACUUUGACCAUCUGGUGCCUCUUCUCCAAUUUAAACAUUCUAACAAUAAAAGUAUUUUAUUUUA